ACAAUGAGAUGGUUGAGUUGUAAAAAUCUUUGAUAAACCUCUAGAACAAGAAUCAGCAGUAGUAGUAGUAGUAAUAGUAGUAGUAGUAGUAAUAGUAGUAGUAGUAGUAGUAGUAGUAGUAGUAGGAGUAAGCGGAACGUAUGUGGAAGGAUAUGCGUACACACCGGGAGCGUUUACAAAACAACACUGGUUUCCGACAGAGAUGUCCACGCAGUUCCCCUCGCUGUUUCCCAGGAUGACAGAGACUCUGUGGUUCAACCUGGACCGGCCGUGUGUGGAUGAGACAGAGUUACACCAACAGGAGCAGCAGCACCAGACCUGGUUACAGAGCAUCUCAGAGAAGGACAAUAGCCUGAUGCCUAUUGGGAAGCCAAUUUUUGAGCAAACAUUUGACGAGGAAGAAGAGGAGGAGGAUGAAGAUGAGGAAGAUAGUGAGGAAGACUCUGAAGAUGAAGAGGACAUGCAGGACAUAGAUGAGAUGAACGACUACAACGAGUCACCGGAUGACGGAGAGGUCAACGAGGUGGAUAUGGAGGGAGCAGACCAAGACCAGGACCAGUGGAUGAUCUAGGCCAGAGUGAUCCUCGCUGCUCUCUGAUGCCCCCUUGGUAGCGCUCAUCUACUCUGCCGGACAGUGGCUUUUGGUUGGUGAACUUUCCCUGCUGUUCACACCCACCCUGUGAAACUAAAGAGGGAGGUGUGAGCUGUGGGGUGUUACUGUAUGGAGAAAGUGCAGUGUGCGUGUUCUCUCAUUCAGUGUUCUACAGUUGCAAUGUGUGAAAACUGUAAAACAUUUUUCUCUUGAAACAAGUGUUUUUUGCAACAUUAAGAGAAAGAACUUCUGCUCCACCUCAACCUCCCCUCUGCUAGUUCUGUCCUCCCCCACAGAUCACGAGACAAUCAGACCCUUUGUUUAGACGAUGCACACAUCAAACUCAAGGACAUCAGAGUGCACUCACUCCCCUCUCUGGUAGUCGUUGUUCUGUGUGUGUACUUUGACUUCCCCGUCCGUCCGUCGCCAGUCGCGUCACAUCUGAAUGGGCAUAAACCAUAGCCUGUACACUGCACCUGCGUAAUCUGCUGUGUGGGUGUGCUGUCAACAGAAACCUGGAGAGUUAAAAAACAAACGUUAGUAUUCAACUAAACUGAUUUUAAAAAGGAACUACACAGGUGCUCGUAUGUAUGUAUGUAAAGUAAAUGCCUUUUUAAUUGGUCCAGUGUCUUAUGUAAAUAAAGAGAAACAUUGUGUACAGAUAA